AUGGCUCCACCUCUUCCUCUGAUGUUUCUGCUCGUGAUUCCACGGGUUUAUAGUGCUGAUGAUUGGGGUGUGAGUUACAGCUCUAAAUACAUCUGUGCACUAAAGGGGUCAUCAGUGAUAAUGUCCUGCACUUAUAAAUACCCUCAUCGAUAUAAGAUCAAGAAAGUGUUCUGGACCAAAUCUAUUGAAAAGGGUGUAGAGCCUCAAGAUCUGUUUAAUGACCCUGAAUACAGUCAGAGGAUUCAGUAUCUGGGAGAUAAACAGCAGAACUGCACCAUCAGACUGAAUGAUGUGACACAGAAGGAUUCACACAAGUACUAUUUCAGAUUCACAACUAAUAAACCUGCUGGAAAAUGGAUUGGUGAUCCAGGAGUGACUCUUAAUAUCACAGAUCUUCAUGUGGAGUCUCCUGAGAGUGUGACAGAGGGAGAUACAGUCAGUCUGACAUGUAAAAGCACCUGUAAUCUGACUGACAGAACAACAUUCAUCUGGAGGAAAAACACACAGUCAUUAACUGAGAGAAACAAUAAACUCCUCCUGCAGUCAGUCAGAAGAGAGGAUGCAGGCAGAUAUAGCUGUGCUGUACACGGACACAAUCUCACAUCACCUCAUGUUUAUCUCAAUGUUAAAUAUCCUCCAGAGAAUCCUGUAAUAUCCAUCAAUCCAUCUGGUGAAAUAGUUUUGGGUGAUUCAGUGACUCUGACCUGCAGCAGUGAUUCAAACCCACCUGUUCUGAACUACACCUGGUUUAAGGAGAAUACAACUGUUGGAUCUGGAGAAAUCUACAGCAUCACAAGUAUCCGCUCUGAUCACAGUGGAGAAUACAAGUGCAAGUCCAUUAAUGAAGUUGGAGAGAAAUACUCUGAUACUGUCACUUUAAAUGUCAUGUAUUCACCCAGGAAUGUCUCAGUGUCCAUGAGUGGAUCUGGUGAAAUAGUUUUGGGUGAUUCAGUGACUCUGACCUGCAGCAGUGAUUCAAACCCACCUGUUCUGAACUACACCUGGUUUAAGGUGAAUGAAAGUUCAUCUGUUGGAUCGGGACAGAGUUACAGUGCACUACAGAGUGGAUUCUUCUUCUGUGUGGCUCAGAAUCAACAUGGAUCUCAGAGAUCAGCUGCUGUAUCAGUGACAGUCCAUCAUAGAUCUGGUUGGCAUGUAGUGUUGGGGAUCAUGAUGGGAUGUGGAGGAUUAUUCUUCAUCAUCAUCAUCAUCAUCAUCAUUUUGUUUAAAAUGAAAAAGCGUGCAGGUGUUAAAAAUGAAAACCUCUCAAGAAAUCAGUACGACAGUAUUAAACCCAAGAGACUCAGAGGAAAUCUGACCGCUGGAAAAGCUCCUGAAUACACUGCAGAGAUUGAGUAUGCAACGGUCCAACAUCACAAACACAAAGAGAAGAAAAGAACAGAAGAACAUGAAACCCAGAAUGACAGGAGUUUUCAAUCUGAUUGGGAUGUGAGUUACAGCUCUUCAUACAUCUGUGCACUAAAGGGGUCAUCAGUGAUAAUGUCCUGCACUUAUAAAUACCCUCCUGGAUAUAAGAUCAAGAAAGUGUUCUGGACAAAAACUGAUGUUAAAGUUAAUGAUGAGCAUCCAGAUCUGUUUAAUGACACUGAAUACAGUCAGAGGAUUCAGUAUCUGGGAGAUAAACAGCAGAACUGCACCAUCAGACUGAAUGAUGUGACACAGAAGGAUUCACACGAGUACUAUUUCAGAUUCAUUACUAAUAAACCUGAUGGAAGAUGGACUGGUUAUCCUGGAGUGACUCUUGAUAUCACAGAUCUUCAUGUGGAGUCUCCUGAGAGCGUGACAGAGGGAGAUACAGUCAGUCUGACAUGUAAAAGCACCUGUAAUCUGACUGACAGAACAACAUUCAUCUGGUGGAAAAACACACAGUCAUUAACUGAGAGAAACAAUAAACUCCUCCUGCAGUCAGUCAGAAGAGAGGAUGCAGGCAGAUAUAGCUGUGCUGUACACGGACACAAUCUCACAUCACCUCAUGUUUAUCUCAAUGUUAAAUAUUCUCCAAAGACUGUCUCAGUGUCCAUGAGUGGAUCUGGUGAAAUAUUUUUGGGUGAUUCAGUGAAUCUGACCUGCAGCAGUGAUUCAAACCCACCUGUUCUGAACUACACCUGGUUUAAGGAGAAUACAACUGUUGGAUCUGGAGAAAUCUACAGCAUCACAAGUAUCCGCUCUGAUCACAGUGGAGAAUACAAGUGCAAGUCCAGAAAUGAAGUUGGAGAGAAAUACUCUGAUACUGUCACUUUAAAUGUCAUGUAUUCACCCAGGAAUGUCUCAGUGUCCAUGAGUGGAUCUGGUGAAAUAGUUUUGGGUGAUUCAGUGAAUCUGACCUGCAGCAGUGAUUCAAACCCACCUGUUCUGAACUACACCUGGUUUAAGGAGAAUGAAAGUUCAUCUGUUGGAUCAGGACAGAGUUACAGUGCACUACAGAGUGGAUUCUUCUACUGUGUGACUCAGAAUCAACAUGGAUCUCAGAGAUCAGCUGCUGUAUCAGUGACAGUCCAUUAUAGAUCUGGUUGGCAUGUAGUGUGGAGGAUCACAUUGGGUUGUGGAGGAUUCAUCAUCAUCAUCAUCAUCAUCACCAUUCUGCUUAAAAAGAAAAAGCGUGCAGGUGUUAAAAAUGAAAACCUCUCAGGAAAUCAGGAUCAGAUCUAUUGUGAUGUGAUAGAGAGAGUUUCUGUCCAUGAUGCUCCUCUUUCUGAAAGUGAAACAUCGGAUCAAAAUGAUGCUCAGUACGCCAGUAUUAAACCCAAGAGACUCAGAGGAAAUCUGACUGCUGGAAAAGCUCCUGAAUACACUGCAGAGAUUGAGUAUGCAACGGUCCAACAUCACAAACACAAAGAGAAGAAAAGAACAGAAGAACAUGAAACCCAGAAUGACAGGAGAUCAGAUAUGCAGACUGUUGAAGAGGACUCAGUGAUCUACAGCAGUGUUAAAUGA